ACUCUUCCCAAAUUCCCCAACUUACGAUUUUUCUUCGAGACUUCGAAAAUCGACUGUUCACCUAUCGUGUUUGAGAAUCGACACGUCAACAAUCGGUUGUUGGAAUGGAAGUUCCUGAUGCAAGCAAUUCAGAAUGCGAGUUUGUUUCUGAAAACAACGUGGUUUCAAACAACAAAAGAAAGAGACCCUCGAACAAGAAAAACACCCAGAAUGCAAAACCUAUGAAGAAAGAAGUAUCUGAAUGGUGGGACCAUUUUCAAGAAACGAAAAUCCCCAAUUUUGCUGAGUGUAUCUAUUGUCAAGAUCUUGUUCCUUACGCAACAAAGAGCACAAUCAAUCAUUUAAUAAAUCACAUGCAUGCUUGCAAAGAGUAUCCACCAAAUGUCGAUCUAAGACAAGAACUUCAUCAUCUUGAGUCGAAAACACAUCUGAGUGAUGAAGCUUCUGUUGAAACUGUAACAAUUCCUAGGUUAAGGGAUCCAAACCAAGAAGCUCUUGAGAAAGCUCUUGCAAAGAUGCAACUGAUGAUGAAACACCUGGCAAUGUUUAAGAAUGAACAAAAUGCUACUGGAAGCUGGAUGGAACAAUUGUUAAGAACAAAAUGUUGUUGGAAAUCUGGAAUGAACAAAUGAUGUUUUGGAACAUUUGUCUUUUAUCUGUUUGGCUUGAACUUUGAGAUUGAAUAGUUAAUGGUUAAUUGUAACUGAGUUUUUGUUUUUAGAUUUAUUAAAUGUUAUAGUAGAAGGAAUGGGUUUUUGGAGUG